GAUUUGGAUAAGGUUUACACCAAUUUUCCCUGUCAGAUAUGAUUUCUACUUUUACCCGACUCAUGGAAAAGAACGAGAGUGGGAGAAUUGUCAAUAUUCUUAAUAAAAAGUCACUGAGUUUGUCUUCGAUGCAUUUCGAUAUUCGCGAAGAAUGUAAUUGAUUAAAUUAAUCGAGUGGAAUAUGGCUGUUCGCAAGUCAGAUGUUAUCAACGACAGUGAUGAAUCUCAGUCAGGUCUGUACACAGGAGGAUUGGGACUCAGGCACUGGCAGUGUUUCAUAUGUUUCCUGGCAUUUGCGAUAUCCUAUACGAAUAGGGUGUGCAUUUCCCUCGCAGUCGUCGCGAUGGAAAAUGAACAGGAGAAUAAACGGGUCUUGACAUCGGACAACAUCGGUAUAAUUCUGAGUUCAUUCUACUGGGGAUACGCAGUAGUGCAGGUACCACUUGGUCACGUCGCAAGAAUAUGGAGCGCGAAAACUGUUCUUGGGAUUGGUAUGCUGAUAAGCGGCAUUGGUAGUAUUCUAUCGCCAAUUAUUUUCGAUAAUGGUCAUUGGAUAUAUUUCGUUGCAUGCAGAAUAACUAUUGGAAUUGGUCAAGCUGGACUUCUGCCUUGUACCCAUACAUUGCUAUCCAAAUGGGUGCCUCCGAGCGAACGUGGACGACUGGGUACAUUGACAUACGUCGGAGGACAAUUCGGCACUGUUAUCACAUAUCCGAUAACCGGUGCUCUGAUUGAUGCGGCUGAUUGGCGAAGUGUUUUCUACUGUUUUGGUGCUGCUGCUGUCCUCUGGUCAUUCAUUAUCUUUUUCGUUGGUUCAGAUUCACCAGCUGCAUCAUCUGGGAAGUCGUGUUGCAGGAUCAAUAAUGCUGAGAGAAAGUACAUUGAGAGUAGUCUUGGAGUUUUUGGAGGAAGAGGAGGAAUAACGGCUGAUGAGGAAAAGGACUCGAAUAAUUCUACUCCCUGGAAGGCAAUAUUGACGAGUCCUCCAUUUUGGGCAUUACUCGUAGCCCAUUGUGGACAAAAUUGGGGAUUUUCCAUGCUGCUCACGGAAAUACCCAAUUACAUGGCUGGAGUGCUUGGCUUCAACAUCCAAGAAAAUGGAAUCGCCUCAGCUCUUCCAUACGUAGCUCUGCUGAUCCUCACGUUCCCAGUGAGUUGGUUGUCAGAUUGGAGCGAGAGGAAAGGAGUAUCCCGAGGAGUAUCACGUAAAGUGUGCAAUAGUAUUGGUCAUUGGGGACCUGCACUUGCCCUCGUUGGUAUUUGCUUUGUUUCACCUGGUGACACUACAGUCCCAGUGGUCCUGUUGGUCCUUGCAGUCGCCCUCAAUAUAGGAGCUAUCUGCGGAUUCCAAAUAAAUCAUAUGGAUUUGAGUCUCAAAUAUGCUGGACUACUUGCAUCGAUUACAAACUCAGCAGCAUCAGUCGUUUCUCUACUGGCACCUCUGGUUGUUGGGAAGAUCGUUACGGAAUCGAAAAAUGCUGCCCAGUGGGCGAUUGUCUUCUAUAUGUCGGCGGGAAUCUACUUCCUUGCGAAUUUGAUUUUCAUUCUAUUUGGAAGCGGCGAGUCCCAAUGGUGGAAUGACAGUGAAAAUUCGUCGGACAUGAAUUGUGAGGAGGUCUUGAGACGUCGAGCAUCUUCCCUUGGGCCUGCGGAAGCCGUGGUAUUCUGAGAAAAUGUAUGAGUAUUAUUUUUUAAAUAAUAAUUGAUAAUUAUUGAAGUUUGUCAACUGCUGUGAACAAUGUGAAUGCUCAAGCAAAAUAUUUAUGGUCAGUAUUUUAAAUUUAUACCAGAUAAUCUUCAUUUUUCGUAUCAAUAAUUUUGUUCAUACAAAAUAGUUAAUACUGAUAUCUAUAAAAAUGUCUAUUAAUCCAGAUAAAGCGCUUCUCCAGGUGUACCAAAAAUUUGUUCCGAUUUAUCGUCAAAAAAAAUGGUGAAAAUAUCUUAUGGUCGUUAAACAAAAAACUUGGAUAAUUGAAAAAUAACCCCUUAAUUAUCUCAUACCCUCGAUUUCCUCCAAAUUGAUUGGGACGCGAAUAAUUUAAAAGCCGAAGAAAUGAAAGUACUUCUCAAGAUGCCCUGAUUUCUUCCCAGUUUUAUAAUGUUCAUGCAGCCGUUAUUAAAUCUGUGCCAUUGUAUUACCAUAAAAAUCGCCAGAUGCAAACUUUUACUUGGACGGGACAAAAUAACGUCGUGGCCACCUGUUAAGUGAACGUUAAUUAGGAGGUAAGACGUGGAGGGAAUCUGUCGGCCCCUUCGAUUUCACACUCACAUUUUACCGUGAUUUUUCAACCGUGCGCAGAUGCAUCCAACAUAUUUCAACGUAUUUGGCGCGAGCCCCGUGCAAGCUGCAACAAACCCAAGCGGAAGUGAGCCAUCAUAUGACGACUUUCUUGCAUAAUGUGAAAUCGGGAGCGACAUCGGUGCCGAUCUGCACCUGAGGAAAUAAUUCCUCGUACUCUGAUUGAAUUUUUUUUCCCAUUUCGUCAUCACGCGAAAUCAUCAUUUGCAUGGAGAAACAUAAAUGAAAGAUAAAUAUUACAACUUCAGGUGUACGUGCAUUUGGGGGGAUAUUUUGGUGGGGUAAACACCUGGAGGUAAAUAAAAAUUAUAGUCGAGGACUGGGAAUUAUACCGCAAUUUUUGAAGACGGCUUCGUGGACACGACUGGAGGAUAGUUCUGCAUUGCCUAUAAAGCCGUUAUUUACUUAAUAAACUAACAAUAUGCUCCCGAGUAA